AUGCAACAUCCCAUUAUGAAUUUAUUUCCUUCGCCAUCCAACGCUGAGAGUCAAGAAAAGUCUCUGCCCACCACAGAUUCAAUUUUUCAUUCAGAUACACCAAGCUUUGGAAAUGCCUCAACCCUCACAGCUCCCGAAUCGAAUCUCUCCUGUGAUCAUUCCUUUCUCUCUCUAUUCAAUGAACGUGAAACGUUUGCCUUUGAAGAUGCUAACUUGACCACUCAUUAUCAGACAACACCACAAUCGAACUUACUUCAAACCUUAUCCGGUUGUCAUAAUCAUCAUCUUUGGCCCACUCCAUUGCCAUCAUCAUUAUUUGCAUUAGAUUUUCACACUUCGUAUUCCUUUGACUCAGUUUUUAAUUCGAACUCGGAACUCGGCGAGGACGACAACUCUCCUCUAUGGAAUACUUCUUCAAGAUUGUUGAUUGACUUUCCUUCGAGGGAGAUGAUGUUUCCUUCUCCUCUCUCAUUGAAUACCAUUCCUUUGAAACCCUAUAGAGAUCAAAAGAUCUUGAUGUCAGCUGCAAGCACAAGUUCAUUGAAUCCAUCCAAGCUUGAAAUGACACAACCAACUCUGGAAUCCAUUUCCAAGAAUAUAGAAACCUUACUGGAAGAGUCCUGGAAAGUCAAUGAUGUUACAUUCAUGAAGGAACUCAAGCGCAUCGAGAAUGAUGUACGAUGUGCACUCAUUGUGAAGGAACAUAUGAAGAAUAGCAGUCGUAGAGGUAGUAGUUGCAGCAGUAGCAGUAGUAGUAACAACUGUAACCCCACCAGUGCGAGUAAUAGCACACAAAAUACUUCCUAUUCUUCUAAGGAAUUGACCAUUAAGGAAAUGAAGAAAGAGGAAGAAACCAACAAUACCAAUGAAAGACAAAUAUUGACUCGAUCACAAUUAGCCAAGAUCACUCAAAAGAAACCAUCCACUACAGCCUCUUCGUCGUCUUCCAGAAAGAACUCUUCUUCCAUUGUCAGGGAAUCCUCCUCCUCCAAGAGAAAGAGAGAGCCCUCCGUCCUCCACUCCAAACGGAAACUCUCCCAAACGAAGGAAACUCAUGACGACUCUAAAACAGAGGAAAGUAGCUCGGAUCAUGAUGAUGGUAGUGGGAAUGAAUCGGAUUCUGACUUUGAUCCAACCAUUGCUUCAGGCCAGGGAUCUUCAACGGACGACGAGGAGGAGACUGAAGAGGAGGAGGAUGAAUCCAAGUCUUCUUCCUCGACAACUACUUGCAAGAGAAAGGUCAAGAGUGAAAGGAACAGAACAAGUGUUGUUGUUGCUUCUUCUGCUGAUUGUUCCUCCUCUUCUUCAGCAUCACCAGCCACAAAGAAGAGAAAGAGAACCACCUUUGCGAAAGCAGACAUUGCACUCCUCACGAAAUGGCUUCAUUCUCACUCGAGUAAUCCGUAUCCUACUGAUGAAGAAAAACAAACUCUCUUAAAGAGUGUGAACAUGACUAAGGAACAACUUGAAACAUGGUUUGUGAAUAAUCGAAAGAGAUUGUUGCCACAGCACAAGUAUGUUCGUAAAACGCCAGUGAGAGUGGAGAGUGAGACGUUUAAUCAACGAUUGUUGAAACAAAUGGAGAAGGAAACAGGUUCAAAAGAAACGAAGAAGAACAAGGUAUGA